AGGUGCUCAAAUUUACAGUACAAAACCACUGACCUCAAAAGACCAUUUACUACCAACUGUAUUUAGUAGAUACAUAGGGGCACACGUAUGCUCCAAAAUGUCGGAAGUACAGUAGAGAAAUUAAAAAUAACUUAUUUGUUGGAAAGACACUUGGAAUAUUUAAAACGUUAAAGCAGGUAAUUCAGCUGCAGUCUAGACGCCGAUGCCCGUUCGCUUCGUCAGACAUUAUCAUCAUUUACCCGGCGGAAAUCUGCCUUUCUGGUUCCCUACGUUUGCAGAACUCAUUGUGUAUUCAAUGAAUAGCAUGAUUACGCAAGCGAAUGUUGAAGGCUGAACUCAGAACUGUUUGCACAGUAGUAGUUCGUGCCCGCACCGCAGUGCAGCCUUCCCCUCCCACUGGUAAACAGCGAAGAUGAGCACUGUCGGUGACAAAUUUCGUAUCGGCAUCUUGACAGUUAGUGACCGCUGCAGUGCUGGCUUAGCAAAGGAUGAGAGUGGACCCAACUUGAAAAAAUUAGUAUCUGGUGAAUUACUUGAUGGUAAUGUUCUUGCAGAAGACAUUGUCCCAGAUGAAGUGGAUAGGAUAAUGGGUAUACUGUUCGACUGGUCAGACAAAUUACGUCUGGACCUAAUUUUGACGACUGGUGGGACAGGCUUUGCACCUCGUGACAUCACACCGGAAGCCACAAAGCGUGUCGUGUCAAAGGAGGCACCAGGUUUGUCUACUCUCAUUCUCCAGAAGGGGCUGGAAAAAACUCCGUUUGCAGUUCUGUCAAGAGGUGUGUGUGGAAUACGUGGCAAAACCCUGAUUAUCAACCUGCCAGGCAGCACUAAGGGAGCUCAGGAGUCCCUGGAAGCAGUCGCCAAAGUCCUGCCACACGCGGUGGAGCUGGUGAGGGACAGCAAGAAGGAAGUGGAGCAGGUUCACAGGAGCAUGGGUGCACAGGGCGACAGUGAUCCCGAGGCCACCCCUCCCAGCGUCCACAGCAAGGUGGAUGUGUCAAAAGUAGCACUGCGACCCCGCAAGUCGACGUGGCCGCUGCUCACUGUGCCUGACGCCCAGUGGAAAGUUCUGGCACUCUGUCCGACACCUGCAGAUCCGGAGUGCCUCCCUCUCACCGCACGGCUAUUGGGUCGCGUGUUGGCAACUGAAGUGACUUCUAGUGAUCCUCUUCCACCAUUUCCUGCUUCCAUUAAAGACGGGUAUGCUGCCAUCAGUUCAGAUGGAGCUGGCAGGCGCGAAGUUGUUGGCAGUUCAGAGGCUGGAGUCACGGUGGAUGGCGUCUUCUUGAAACCCGGCCAGGUGGUGCGUGUGAACACGGGAGCCCCCGUGCCUUCAGGAGCCGACUGUGUAGUGCAGGUGGAGGAUGUGGACCUGGUCUGCUCGUCAGCUGACGGAACCACCGAGCUGGAGGUGGAGAUAAAGGUGGCACCGAAGCCGGGGCAGGACAUCAGGCCACUGGGAAGCGACAUUGAGACAGGGCAAACAGUUAUUCCCGCAGGCACGGAGAUCGGCCCUGCUGAACUGGGGCUGAUGGCUACUGUUGGAGCCACCACGGUGUCAGUCCACAGGUUACCUAAAGUAGCUGUGCUCUCCACGGGAGAUGAGCUGCAGGAACCUGACAAGCCACUGUGCCCCGGCCGCAUCCGAGACAGCAACAAGCUGACACUGCUGUCCCUGCUGGCCGAGCAAGGCUUUGGUGACACCUACGAUGCUGGCAUUGCGAGAGACAACCCCGACUCGAUGCUGGAGAGGUUGACUGCAGCAUUGGAGAUGGCGGACGUGGUGAUUUCAACAGGCAGUGUCUCAAUGGGUGAACGUGACAUGCUGAAAGAUGUGCUCAUAAAUGACCUUGGUGCCACCAUACACUUUGGAAGAGUUUUUAUGAAACCAGGUAAACCAACGACAUUUGCAUCACUGGAAUACAAAGGGCGCUGCAAGCUGGUGUUCGGGCUGCCUGGAAACCCUGUAUCUGCGACUGUGACAUGCCACCUCUUUGUACUGCCAGCUCUGCGCAAGAUGUCUGGCUCUACACUCUUGCUGCUCGGUACAAUUGUUUCUGCUAAGACUGAAAAGGACAUUUCAUUGGACCCAAGGCCUGAAUAUCACAGAGUGUCUCUGGACUGGCAGCCAGGAAAUGCAGUCCCUGUUGCAAGGAGCACAGGCAAUCAGCUAAGCUGUCGCCUCCUGAGUUGCCUCUCUGCCAAUGCCUUCCUGAUGCUUCCAGCACGGACGGAGUUCCGGCAGACAUUACCUGCUGGCUCCAUUGUGGAAGCACUUCUGUUGAAGCGAUUCUGAGCCACUUCACAGUGGGAAGCAUUUUCUCAGAAACAUUUUGCUUCCAUUAAUAGCUUUUAUAUAGUUAUGCCUGUUAAAGGCAGUGGUCAUUCAAUAGGUAUUGCAUUUGGCUGGAUAAAUGGUUGUUUCCAUGUAUAAAGACUGCCUCAAAACACAGUACAUUGUUGUUUUGUUAAGCACAAUAGCUUUACAGGUACUGUGAAGCCAGCUGCACACAGUUUACUUUUCACAAAUUGGUGCCUCUAUUAAUAUUACAUUUAUAUCUCACAGCAUUUUGCGUUGUUAGUUCCAGAAUACUUUUACCCAAAAUGCUUAAUGAAUGCACUAGAUUGCUUAUUCAUUUCACACAUGUGAGACUGUGCAAAGGUGUGAAUCAAACACGCAAAACAAGUACAAUCAUUUUACUGUGAAAAGAGAAUUGUGUGCUUCCUGAUGAUGGGCCUGCAUGUUUGAAAACAGUAACUACAGGUGUUAUUAUAUGUGUAUACUUUAUCUCUUGACAUUUGUAUGGCCAAAAUGGAAACCAGAAAAAUAAGGAAAUGACAGAGCAAUUGUUUCUUAAACCUCUACAUUGAUAUAUGGAUUUUAAAAAUUGAUCUACACUUUUUUUUAACAUUCUGGUGCAGUUCAAAUGUCCAUAGUUUUGAAAGAGUGGCUUUUAAUACUAUUUGAAUCUCUGUCUUUCACUAGGUUAAGAAAUAUGGAAGGUGUAAUGUUUCAGUUAAAUGAGGAUACUUUGUUUUUCAAAAUUUGUGAUUAGUCGAUGUUGAAUAGUACAUUGCCUGUUGAAUAGCCUGCACAGAAUUUGACUGAAGGCACAAAAACUGUGCCAUAUCUUCAUAAUAUUUUGGAGGUUUGCUGUUAAGAUUAAGUUUUAAUCAACAUUGGUUUGUGAAGUGUUGUAUGAAAGCAUUAUAUGAAUAGACAAUGUAGAAAGGAGGUUGUAUUGGAGUAACAUUUCGACGAAAAGGAGGGGCAAAACAUUCCAGGAUAUUUUUGGAACAAUCAAAAACAUUUCGAUGAAAAUGAGAGGGCAAAACAUUCCAGGAUAUUUUUGGAACAAUCAAAGCAUAAAAAGGAGCUUUUUUCUCUGUUUUUUAAUGCCAUUGACAACACAGAUUUUAAGAGGAUGCAUUUUAGUUUGGGACAGUUUUCUGCAAAAUAAGUCACAUUUGUACUCAGUAAAUAACCUUUAAAAUGAAUGUACAUAAAACCAUGCAGAAAAAUAAGGUUCGUUUAUCAAUCAUUGUCAACAGCAGAACAAUAAGAUGUGAUAAUCCUCUGCAUACAUAUUUGCGGAUGUCACAUGGAGUUUGUUGGAGCAUAAAUAAUGUACCAGUACCAUGGUACCUCAUUGCUAUGGAAAACAUGAUGGAGGAAUUUGAAAAGUGAGUGCUAGUAGCUCUCUGUAUCAGUUCAACUUCCUCUAAUUUUGCAGUUGGUUGUUUCAGAGGAAGUAAUGUGUUGUCAUUCUUCUCUCAGAUGCUUGGGCAAGGAUCACUGUUGACUUUAUUACUAAAUACUCUAAUGGCCUAGUUUCAUUUCUCUCACUGGUAGAAGCAAUCCAUAGUUCUAAGAGUUAAUGUUUAUACGAUCUUACUUUUUGUUUGUGCUGCCACUUGUUGGUUACAAGCUUUUAUUUUACUUCAUAGCCAGAAAUUUUUGUGCUGUUUAUGUUGUUUCCAGCAGCACAAAUCAGUCUAAACCUGGUUGGACAGAACAACAUUCCCUGUGCAAUGUGACAUUUUAUUCACUUCAACUCACUCCAUGUACAGUGUUGAUAUUAGUAAAUUAAGAAUUUGGGGAAAUAAUGAUGUAGAUCCUUGAAGAAUACUAAAAAUUCUGUUGGAGAAAUAAUUGACCUCAGUGUAGAAGUUGUGGUCUUGAUAGCAGCACUAAAAUCAAAGCAGAUAUGAUCAGAGGCAGCAGUGACAUGGUUUGUCACAAUCUGUCUACACAAAACUAGGUAAUUCAGUAUUUUUAAAUUUAAAUUUUUUUCUGCAACUUUGAUUUGUCUUAAGUAUUGGAGACCAUCAUGUAUUAUUGAGUUGUUAGAAUAGUGAUGUACUUUGGUACCGAAAACUAAAGAUUUUCAAAAACUAAAAUCUUAUUCUCUGUAAAGAUUAAUUUUUUCAUUAGCCAUUGUAAAUUGUGUGUUUCUGAAAGCUCAAUACAUUUAAUUUUAAUGAUUUGUGUGUGCUAUGUUGCACUUUUAACAUUCUGCUAAUACAACCGCUUUUCUUAGUUGUCUAGAAAAUAGUUCAAACGCCUAUUCUUUAUGCAUUCAUUCAGAUUUUUCACUCUGUUCAAGCUAUACGUGUGAGAAUUUAAUAAAGGACAGAGCGUGAAUGAGGUGUACAAAUCUCAUGGGUGCUAAAUAUUUCUUUUAUGAAGUAUUUUCUUGAUAGAAUUGGUUCUUGUUGUAAUUAACUAUUAUGUUACUGGGUGUUAGAUAUAAUCUUAUUUAUCUCACUUGAAACUAUGUGUAGUGUCUUAGCGGAUGUAUGUGUUUAUGGUUGUCAUCUAAGAAAAGCACAAAAAUAGUUAACAAGAGGGUUUGAGUAAUGGCUGAGACAGACACUUCAAUAGACAUACAUGUUGUGUGUAAGAAAUGUAUUCAGUUUCUCAAAGGAAAUCAGCAACUACAAGAGUUACCAAAAUAUUGCUCAGUUUAUCUAGGAUGCAUUUGUGAUUGACAUUUGAGACUAUUUAUGUCAAGAAGGGAAAUUUAUCAAAUUGUAAAGACAAUGUGCAAUCUCAAGCAAUAUAAGCAUGUUGAUCUGAGUAGGUCAAGACUGAUGAGACUUUUAUCAGCAACUUGAAUUUGACUGACCUUAUUAGUCUUCCAGCAAUAUAAUAGAAACGUCAUUAGUUCCAUUUUGCUCCCUAUUGUAGUAGAAGAUAAAAUAUGUGAAAUAGAUGAUUCAUGUGUGUAACAGGUGGUACAACAUAGCUUUUUUAGAUUUUGAUAUGUGUUGUUUCUGUAUUAAAUGCCAUAAUAAAUAUGCUAUUGCAGAAAUUAGU